AUGGCCACCAGGCCCCCGGUUCAGACCCCCGGGCCGACUACUCCCGGCGCCACCGCCGCCCCUGGUGCCACCCCCGUCCCGACCACUCCCGGCAGUACACCGGUCUCGACUCCCACCGUCACAAUGGCGACGCAGCCCCCGGUUGGGACCCCCGGACCGGGCACUCCGACCGGAACGAACACCCCCACCGGAACGAACACCCCCACUACCCCCGGUGCUUCUCAGCCGGCGCCCACCCCCAAGGCGACGCUCCACGGAACGCCCAGCGGAACCGGGUCGACCCCGGGGACCCACGUGCCACCGAGCGACGGACGCCCCGAGCCCUGCACAACCGGGAACGGCACGAGCUCCUCAGCCAAGGGCGAUCCUCACUUCGUCGGCAAGCACGGCGAGAAAUUCGACUUCAACGGCGAGCCCGGCCAGUCGUACUGCCUGAUCGCCGACAAGAAGAUCCACAUCAACAUGCACGUCUUCGGCGGCAGGAGAGAGGGCACCACGUACAUCGACGAAGUCGGCAUCCUGUACAAGGACAUUGAGAUCUACGUCGCCGCCAAGUCCGCUGAGGGCACCAAGUGGCGCGACUUCCAGGGGGCCGUUUCCGUCAACGGAAUCGAGCUCCCCGCUUCCGACGUUGACAUGACCGUCGAGAAUGUCGCCAUCUCCCGCAACAGGACGUCGGUGCGCGUGACCGCCCCCGGCUGGUUCGACAUCACGAUGGACAUCGCGCGCGCGAGCUUCUGGCAGAACGGCCCCGGAGCUAACUUCAUCAACUUCAAGGUCUCCCAGCUGCGCGUGACCCCCACCGUGCACGGCGUGCUCGGACAGACCUACCGCGAGAGCGACCGCACGUACAAGAAGAUGGCGCGCGCCGAGGUGUCUGCCGUGCGCGGCAACGGCCUCCCCGCUUUCAUGGACGGCUCCGAGGAGGACUACGAGACGAGCGGGAUCAUGAGCGCGGACUGCAAGUUCGGCAAGUUCCAGAUGGUCAGCCAGGUGGAGAAGAAGACCAACAGUUCGGGGGGGAGGAGACUGCUGGCGGCGGAGGGAGAGGAUAAGAUGGUCGUCGAUGCCGGCUGCGUUGGGUUCGGGAAUGAGGUCCGGUGCGAGUAA